UAGACCUUCGUUCUUUAAUUUUUUCACACCAACUAAUCUGAUGAAAUUUAUCAUAUGGACGUUUACCUCGGCUAUUUAAGUCGUUGGUCACGACUUCAUGUUCACCACUAAACUUAACUCAUCCAGAUUUCAGAGCCCCUGUAACAACUAACAAGUGCUUUCAGAUUUACUUCUCAGAAGCUGGUCUGAAAACAAAGGCCUUCACAUGGGUAACGAGGAAAAGAAGAAAGAAGAUCUUGAUGUAAAAGAAGUUCAUCUAAAACUCCUGGAUGAUCUUGUCAACGUGAAUUCACUACUCACUAUAGCCGUAUUUGUGGGCUUAUCCUUGGCUACGCCAGACAUUAAAAGCCUGGAUUCGAGACGAGAGUGUCGCUCAGGUCCUAGAGAAGCCAAAAGGCUGAUUCUCUGUGAAGUUAUCGCAUUUUCUUGCUUCCUCUUGUCAAGCAUCGUUGCCAAGGUACUUAAGCUUCAUCUCUACCUUGACGGAGUUGGUAAUUAUUCCUUCACGAGUCCGAAUCUUGAUUUGAAGGAAUUCAUGUUAGCGUUAUCUGCAUGCGCGUCAGUUGCUGGGAUUGUUUCGGUGUCUCUUUCGAUUGUGUACAUAAUUGAAAUUCGAGUCGGCAAAUUGUCAUGUGGGUGUGCAGAAUCCACUGCUGCCGUGGUGGUUCUUGGCGUACUUGUUGGGUUUGCUUUGCUCAUUUAUGUUGUUUCAGUUGCUAUAGCCAUUUACGCUUCUUAUAAAAGUGACCAUAAGAAGCCUGAAAAUGGAGAAAAUGAAAACGUCCUCAAGUCCCCGAGUACUAAGGACUUGCCAAAGGAAGUUUAGCUAAUGAAAAUUGUAUGUAUUUCAUGUACACAUAAUGAAGUGUGCUUUAAGGACUUGAAGAAGCAAGUUCAGCUAUUAAUGGAAAUUUAAAUUCAGCAAUUUCAUAUGA